AUGGACUCCCCAGCAGAUGGCCACGAAUCGUCAGACGGCAGUGCUUCAUUCGAAGGCUUCACCUCUAACUCUCCAAUAUCAGCCACAGGUGUUGAUGGAACAGUCGAUAAAGUGCUAAAGCAUGGAAGCAAGCGCCCAGUCACUGCCAUUUUUGUUCAUGCUGGAGCCGGCUACCACAGCGUCCAGAAUGAACAGGUCCAUCUACAGGCAUGCUCCGAUGCCUCCCGAAUUGCCAUGCAGCUACUCAAGAAAGGAUGCACAGCUGUCGAGGCCGUGGAGAUAGCAGUUCGAAUCCUCGAGGACAAGGAAGUCACAAACGCCGGCUUUGGAAGCAACCUCACUGAAGAUGGCAAUGUUGAAUGUGAUGCAACUAUUGUUGAUCACUUGGGCCGAAGUGGUGCUUGUGGUGCUGUGCCAAACAUCAAGAAUCCAGUUUCAUUGGCGAAGUUGAUAUUGGACCACAGUGCCAAGCCGAUGUCACUGCGACGAGUGCCGCCCAACAUCCUCGUUAGAGAUGGGGCGAAGGAGUUCGCUGUCGAGCACGGCAUGGCUGCCAUCCCAAACCAAUAUCUUGUGUCAAAGAACGCCAAGCACCGGUACGAGCAGUGGAGCGAAGAUCUCUCCAAGGCCGCAGAGCAAGAGAAGAAGGCCAAGCAUCGUGCCUCGUCUGGAGGACGGCCGUUGUCUCCUGAUGACGCAGAGAAGGUCACGGAGCAGAAAUAUCCGCACCUAUCGAGCCAUCUUGGUGACCAUAUCAACGCCAUACUCACAGGCACCUGGAACGAAGGCCAGGCAGACUCUCCCUCACACAGCUCACCUGAGAGUGAUUCAAAGGAUACAGAUGCACCACAGGGCACCAAACGCUCAGCGGAAGCGCUGGAGACACAGCCCGUCGACCUAUCGUUCAGAGUCGGCCAACAAGACCUCAUCACAGAUACUGUGGGAGCUAUUGCGAUUGACAAGCUGGGAAACAUUGCAGCUGCAUCUUCAUCUGGCGGUAUCGGAAUGAAGCAUAGCGGUCGAGUCGGACCGGCUGCUCUUGUUGGCAUUGGAACUGCUGUUCUUCCCGUAGAUCCCGACGAUCAUGACGGGACUACGGUGGCGGCAGUGACCAGUGGCACAGGAGAGCAUAUGGUCCCAACCAUGGCUUCAUACAAGUGCGCCGACCGGCUGUACAAUAACACGCGUCGUGGGCCUCGCGGCAUAGACAUUGAGGAGUUCGAUGAAGAGGCCAUUAUGGAUUCCUUUAUCCUCGACGACUUCAUGGCACAUCCGGGAGUGAAGAACCAGUUCUCUGCUGCGGCUAUUGGCGUAAUGGCCGUCAAGAAGUCUAUCCGCGGCUAUUAUCUCUACUUCUCCCACAACACCGAUUCUUUCGCACUGGCAUCGAUGUCAUCCAAGGAUCAAGAGCCAUUGUGUGUCAUGUCUCGACUCGGAGAGAUUCGCCACGCCCCUGCCCAUGGGGCAAGAAAGAUUUCCAUCGACUAA